UGCAUGUGGGAACGUGACGAAAGAAAACGGGAAGUGCGUCACAUGGGGAGACUGCGGGGAAACAAAGGAAAAAAAUAUAUAAACUAAACAGAAGGAAGUGAAGUGUAGGAAACUGACGAGUAUUGAUAAAAAGAAUAAAACAAACAGGAAAAUUUAAUAAAGAAAGAUCAAAAGGAAACAUAAAACAAUAUACGGAGACGAGAAAUAAAUAAAUGAAAAAUAAUCAAGGAAAUAAAUAAAUGCAAUAAAAGCAAAAUAAAUAAAUAAACAAAUAAAUAAAUAAAUAAUAUAGCGGUACCGUUGAAAAAAAAACUACAAAAUCAUCAUCAUCAUCAGCGAAAGGACACGAAGGGGGAGGAAGAAGUCCCCAAACAAUAAUUACGAAAACAAAACAAACAAAAAAUAAACAAUAAAGAAAAAAACAAACAAACUAAAGUGCACCGUUGGAAAAUAUCAAAACAUCAUCAUCAUCAUCAGCUAAAGAAAAAAAAAUAUAUAUACAACCAAUAAAAUAAACAAAACGAGCGAAUAAAUUAAUAAACACAUACAAUAAACGUUACAAUAAUAUACUGAAACCGUUGGAAACUAUCAAAACAUCAUCAUCAUCAGCAGCUAAAGGACAACAGCAAGGAGGCAGCCCCGCCAACCCACCCACCCACCCCCUUCCCUACCCUGGCCACCCACCGCCCACCUAACGGUCAGCAAGAUGCCGAGCCUUCCCGAGGCGGUGGACAUGAAGUACGGGGACGAGUGCCCCGACGCGCAGGUGACGGAGGUGGCAUGUGUGGCGCUAACACUCAAGCGCAACGGACGCCAGCGACUUCCCUCUGUCCUCAUCCUGUCCGAGUGUGACAUUGAGAAGGCCGGCGACGAGGAGGAAGUGGAGCGCAAAUGUGAGGGAGUGAGGGAGCUUGACCUCUCCAGGAACAAGCUGAAGGAGUGGAAGGAGGUGUUCAAGAUCCUGCGUCACCUGCCUGGUCUGGGUUUCCUCAAUUUGAGCUACAACUGCUUUGAGUCACCCAUCACAGAUCCCUCUGACGUGGUGAGCCUCACAAAUCUCACCCGCCUGGUGCUCAACGGCACACUGCUGCCUUGGAAGGACGUCCACAUCCUACUGGAGAAUGCCCCUCGGGUAGAGGAGCUGCACCUUUGUAAAAACGAAUAUUCCAAAGUGGAGCGACCCAAAGCCAAGAGAUACAGCUCUGUGUCUCGUAUCCACUUCAACAACAACCCAAGCUCGGACUGGACUGAGAUUGAAACCCUGGGCCAGAUGUUCCCCUACCUGGAGGUGCUGAUCCUGGCAGAGUGUCCCCUCAGCCAGCUCAAGGAAGGUGAUCGGUACCACGAGUACUUCCCACGCCUCAAGUACCUCUCCCUCAACAGCACCAAGAUCUGCUCCUGGGAUUCUGUGGAUCUGGUCAAUCUCUUUCCCAAACUGUCUGAGCUCAGGUUACAGCAGUGUCCACUCUAUGAGAGCUACAAGGACGAGGAACGAAGGCAGCUGACCAUCGCUCGGCUGUGGAGGGUACAGAGACUCAAUGGAGGAGCAAUGAUCAGCCCUGAGGAGCGGGAGAAUGCCGAACGUGCCUUCAUCAGGUACUACAUGAACUCAGACAUGCGACCCAAGAGGUAUGAUGAACUGGUGCGCCAACAUGGGGAGCUUCAGCCGCUGGUGGAGGUGUCACUGAGGCCACAGACAGAGGUGCAGGUGACCAUCCGGUGUGGUGAGAUAGCACUGGAGAGAAUCAUCAGUGUGUACACCAGAGUUGUGGAUCUCAAGAAGGAACUAGAGCCUCAGGUUGGCCUGCCUGCCAGCAAGAUGCGACUCUUCUACCUGGACAAGGGUGGGGAGACCUGUGUGUCAUACGCCCCUGAGGAGCUCAAGAUCAACACCAAGCAGCUGUACACCAUCAACGUCCACUCAGGGGAUGAGUUCAUCGUGGAGCCCAAAGUUCCAAAGGUGUAGCAGCUGACGGAAGGCGGCCCUCGGCACGCAGCGACGGAAAGGCUUGAUAACCUCACGAUUAGCGUUAUGCAGACUUGUAGUUAACUUACUGCUUUUAACAAAGGGUUAACUAAUUCCAGGACCUUGUACCACUGUGCAGUGUAGCCAUACCUAUAAAGUCUUGCCUCAGUGUGCUAAUUCUGGAGGUGCAGGAGUUUGUUGAUGAGGAAGAUGCUUUCUUGCAAGUCUCAGGUGUGUGUGUGUGAGUGUGUGUUGUAUUUAGAGGCAGCUGUUUGUUCCCCCAUGGUGGAGCAGAGUCAGGCCGUCACGUGCCUACACACGGUGCCCAAGUCAUCGUGUCUUUUGGAGAGUGGAUUGGUCAAGAGGAGUGACAGUUAUUACAUAAGCAUCAGUGAGUUGCCUAGUGUCCUCAGUCACAAUACAGAAAAUACCAUUCUAAGUAUUAUGGAACCUUUGGUUGGCCAGGAUUGUCAAAGGCAUUACAUUGUGAUAACUCAAUGGAAGCUGUGCUUGUGAAGAGCAAGCAUAUGAACUUUCCACUUUGGUUCCUCCCCCCAAGGCUGUAUUGAUGACCUCCAGGUUCUCUCUCUCUCUCUCUCUCUCUCUCUCUCUCUCUCUCUCUCUCUCUCUCUCUCUCUCUCUCUCUCUCUCUCUCUCUCUCUCUCUCUCUCUCUCACAGAAGCUCAUCAUCAUGGAGGUCACAUGCCUUGUCCACCUUGAUGACUCUGGACAGCUCUUUCAGUAAUCUCCUACCCGGGUAUUUUGGGGAUUACACUUGUCAUGUCAUCCAUUUCAUUUUUGUGUGGACAGCUUGUGAUUGAGUCAGAUGUUUUGAGGUGGCUUGUGUUACUGCUCAAACUUCAAAGCUCAGCGGACAUCUUUCUGGGCAUUUUGUGAUUACAUUAUUUAUUUUUUUAUUUUAUUUUUUAUUAUUAUUUUUUUAUUUAUUUAUUUUUUUUUCAGAACUUACCCAAGUGCUUAGUAAAGAUAUUUGGCAGAUUCUAUUGCUUGCUUAAUUUGUGAAUAACGAUGUUGAAAUGUAACAAAGAUGGGGAAGAGAAGACCAAAAUGAGAUCUCCUGAACACAGUGAAUACCAUAAGCUCUAAUGAUGUACCUAACUUUAUAGCACAUCUGUCAUAGCAAAGUCUUACCUAACCCAAAUACCUACGUUUCUACAUAUGUAUAAGUAUAUAUCUAUAUUGCAGUGAAUUACUAUUACCUGAUACAUGUAAAUAAUAGAAGUUAAGACGCUGUUGCAAAGCAGCGUGGUUAUUAGCUGCAGUAUGCAUAUAGCUGACUUCCUGUUUCCUCACUGCAGCAAAAUACUGCUUGGAGUUUGUCUUUCACACUACAGGUUUUGGGUGAUCUCUACUUUGCAUUUAAAAUUAAGUAUAGGAAGAGUAUAUGUAUUGAAGUACCAAUGGUGUCUCUUGUGGAGUCUGUGGCUUUGAAACGUCUGUCGGUGACAGCUUACUCAUGCCAUUGUUAGCUUUACCCUUUGCCUCCCCUUUCCAUCACAACCCACUUUGGAGUUCUUUUCCUUCACAUGUUUUGUUCUUUGUUUUCUCAGCUGGUGGCCAAUAACAGUUUUGUUCUCAAGCAGAGCUUGUCCAGUGCACCACAAAACAUAUAGUGGCCCUGAGUUCUUGUUCUUCAUGCUGCUGCCCCUACAGUGCCAAUCAACAUGUGAUGUCAGGAAUGAAUGUUGUGUUUGAACUGCUGAUCUGUUUGUUUAUGUUUUGUACAUAUUAUGUAUUUUAUUUGAGUUUUUUGCAGGUUGUCUUGUUUCACAUGUAACAUGGGGCCAGUGUUCCUUAUUACUUUUAUAUUCUAUUUAAACUAUUUUAGCACUUCAUCAAAAUUAUCUUGUACAGUAUUUGUAAAUAGUGUUUAGGAAUAGUGAGAUAGUGUACUCCUAGAGAUUGCAAGUGACUCCUUGUUCCUGGUUAAGGUACACAAAAUGGUAACUUACUGGUUGUAAACCGGUGGCAGUGAAUGCUUGGCAGCAUUCAGAAAGCACCAAAAAAAGCUUAGUCCAAGUCCAGCAUCAAAUGCCGUGCUUCGUGCUUGGCACAGCUACGGACAUACAUUUAAGUAUAAAAAUAUAUAAUAUAUUUUAUUACACACUGGUGGUUAAUUAGUAUAAUAAUAAUGGUAAAUCAGUCAUUUUCAGUUGUUGACAACUUACCCAGUAAUGACAAGAAAGGGAUCAUACUAAUUAUUAAUGUGCCAACAUAAUGUUUUGUGUUCAACAAUUGGCACAACUUGUGUAAAGAAUGUUGGCUCUUCCUGCUGCCAUCCCAGUGGUGUCUGUUCCCCGCAACAACAAAACUUUGCCAGUGUUUGCAGGUUUGUUUUUGUGUGUUUCCCAUGUAGUGACAGUACAAGAAAAUAAAUACCAAUUUUUGCACCACCACCACAGUCAUGUUUGUUGUUCUAGUACCAUUGUGACAGACUUGCCUGCAGUGUGGCCAAGAUUUACUAACUUCCUUAAAAAGUUUUGGAAUGGAAAUAUUUUUUUAUACUCAUUGGUUGUGAGUACAAUGCUAAGUGUACACCAGAGUGCCCAAUACUUCAAGUUCUCCCUUGUGACUCGACUGGAAGUGUUGUUACCAUUUCCUUCACGGCCUGUCUUGUGAUGAGCCUUGAUAGUGUACUUCAUAACAUAGACAAGUAACAAAGUGUGUGUGGGUUGGAUUAAAAAUGCAAUGUUUUUCAUCUACAGACUAAGUUAACUGUGUAUGAAGCUUGUCCCUGUUCAUACUCAAAACUUGGCUAAAUAAAACAGUACUUAACA